AUUUAAUGUUUCCAUCGUCUUAAAAUUUUGCCUUUUCAUGAAAUUGUAAAAUGAGGUUUAAAUGUUUUUUGUCUGAAGACGAAAUUUCCAGUAAAUCAUAUAUCAUCGUUUUACAACCUGAAAGAAAUAAAUAUUUAAAGUGGGAAUUACCUUCUCCCCAAGCUACUGCGGACUUAAUCAAAUCAGAAAAUAUUAAACUACCUGUUAAAUCUUAUACCAUCUUUAAAUUGAAUUGUGCUUCUGCUAUUCGUGAAUCACAUAAUUUUAUUACGGAUACCAGGGAAGUGGAGAUCAUUAAAACAACUAUUGCUAUUUGGAACUGCGCAGAAGAAAAUAUUAAAGAGAAAUACAACCAGCUUAACAUGAAUCUCCGUGAUCUAGAAUCUCCAGCACACUCAGAACUUCCUGAAGUAACUCCUGAAGUGGUGGCUCAGGACUGUAAGAUUAAUUUAGUAUCCCCUAGCACUAAAUUAUCCCUUGAAUGGGCAGUAUCACCAAUACCACGAUCAACUGCAUUCCGUCCUAGACCACGUCCAUUUAUAUUGAGUAAAAUAAAUUUUGUUCUUAUUUGA